GCUCUCUCUCUCUCUCUCUCUCUCUCUCUCUCUCGGAGCUGGUAAUGUGAGAAGAGAGGUCGUGAAGCUUAGAAAGCAACUACAAACAUGGUCCAAAAGCUCCAACAGCAGUUGAAGGAGCUCGGAUCGAAGCUCGAAAACCCUCCCGCCACCAAAGAUUCUGUCAUCAACCUCUUGGAGCAAGCUGCAACAUGUCUUUCUGAGUUGGAUCAAUCACCGACAAAGUCAAUAUUAAAGUCCAUGCAGCCUUUUCUGAAUGGGAUCGCUAAACCAGGACUUCUAAAGCAUCAAGAUAGGGAAGUUGCGCUUCUUGUUGCUACCUGUUUUUGUGAGAUAACUCGGAUUACUGCACCUGAAGCUCCUUACAGCGAUGAUGUUUUAAAGGACAUUUUUCAUUUAAUAGUCAGCACCUUUAGUGGUUUAAAUGAUACCAGUGGUCCAUCUUUUGGAAGGAGAGUUGGCAUAUUGGAGACUCUUGCAAGAUAUAGAUCAUGCAUUGUGAUGUUGGAUCUUGAAUGCGAUGAUCUAGUCAACCAAAUGUUCAGUACAUUUUUUUCUGUUGCCAGGUUUGUGUUAUAUAGUUGUGUUGAAGAAAAAUGCUACCCUUAAAAUUUGUAUAAAUUU